ACCGAAACUCUCCUUCCGUCUCCUCUGGCCCGGUGGGCUGUUGGGUCUCUCCUAGAGUCGGAGCGCUCCUCCAGCUGUCGGAGAAAAGAACAGAAAGCUGAUAUUUUUUUUUCCUGGGGAUCCUUUGGCAUCACCCACAGCUUACAUUUUUCCAAAAUCUUUUUGAAAUCUUAGCGGAGAGUUGAAGAGUGAAAUAAUUUUUUGCAGAGCAUUUUUGGAUUUGGGGUUUUGUUUUUUCUCUCCCCCCAUUUAUAACUGUCAAGGCAGCCCAGCCAAUCAUGGUGAUGUUCAAGAAGAUCAAGUCUUUUGAGGUGGUCUUUAACGACCCUGAAAAGGUGUAUGGCAGCGGGGAGAAAGUGGCUGGCCGGGUGGUCGUGGAGGUGUGCGAAGUGACUCGAGUUAAAGCUGUCAGGAUCCUGGCGUGCGGAGUGGCCAAAGUCCUGUGGAUGCAGGGAUCCCAACAGUGCAAACAGACCUCUGAAUACCUGCGCUUCGAAGACACGCUUCUCCUGGAAGACCAGCCAACAGGUGAGAAUGAGAUGGUGAUCAUGAGACCUGGAAACAAAUAUGAGUACAAGUUCGGCUUUGAGCUUCCUCAGGGGCCUUUGGGAACAUCUUUCAAAGGAAAAUAUGGGUGUGUAGACUACUGGGUGAAGGCUUUUCUUGAUCGCCCCAGCCAGCCAACUCAAGAGACAAAGAAAUUCUUUGAAGUGAUGGAUUUAGUGGAUGUCAACACUCCUGAUUUAAUGGCUCCUGUGUCUGCUAAAAAGGAGAAGAAAGUUUCCUGCAUGUUUAUUCCUGAUGGACAAGUGUCUGUCUCUGCCCGAAUUGACAGAAAAGGAUUCUGUGAAGGUGAUGAAAUUUCCAUCCAUGCUGACUUUGAGAAUACAUGUUCGCGCAUCGUGGUUCCCAAAGCUGCCAUAGUAGCCCGCCACACUUACCUUGCCAAUGGUCAAACCAAAGUGCUGACACAGAAGUUGUCAUCCGUCAGAGGCAAUCACAUCAUUUCAGGAACCUGUGCAUCGUGGCGUGGCAAGAGCCUUCGGGUGCAAAAGAUCAGGCCUUCUAUCCUGGGCUGCAACAUCCUUCGAGUUGAAUACUCCUUAUUGAUCUAUGUUAGUGUCCCUGGCUCCAAGAAGGUCAUCCUUGAUCUGCCCCUGGUAAUCGGUAGCAGAUCAGGUCUGAGCAGUCGGACAUCGAGCAUGGCCAGUCGAACCAGCUCUGAAAUGAGUUGGAUAGAUCUCAACAUCCCCGAUACCCCAGAAGCUCCUCCUUGCUAUAUGGAUAUCAUUCCUGAAGAUCACCGAUUGGAGAGCCCCACUACUCCUCUACUAGAUGACACAGAUGGUUCCCAAGACAGCCCUAUUUUUAUGUAUGCUCCUGAGUUCAAGUUCAUGCCACCACCGACUUACACAGAGGUGGAUCCCUCCAUCCUCAACAACAAUGUGCAGUGAACUUGUGGAAGGAAAAGAAGCAGCUGUACUUAACAUGUUUCUUUCUGCCUCUCUUCCUGGACUCUUACUUUCUCAGAGACUGAACAGUCUCUACAGUUGGGGUAUGGGUCCACCCCAGCCUCUGACUCCCCAGUGUAGGAGGUGCUCAGCAGGCCAUCUCCAGGACCUUAAAUGAUGGUGCACACUCAUCCUCAGCCAGCGAGAUGAUGUGAAGUUGUGAUAUGGGAGUGUUUGCUGGAUGGGUUUAAAAACGCUAGAAAAACUCCGGCCCAUCCCAAUUUUGUCAAAUCUUGGUGGCCUCCUGACGUGGUCUUCCCCAGGUUUUUUGGAGGGGAUUGUAUAUCUUGAAUGUUGGUGCCAAUUUAGCAAACUAGGAAACAAAAAAAUCAUGGCCAAAUUUUUAGGACAAACUAGGAAAACAAAAAAAUCAUGGCCAAAUUUUUAGGACAAAAUCGUUGCCCUUCGUACACUUACGGGAGGAAAAAAACCCUUUCAGAGCAGAUUUGGUUUGAACUUUGGAGAGAGCUUCUUCCCAUGUGACUUUAAGAGAAGCAGCUCUAAGAUUGUCUUUGCUUAGAAUGUGCUUUAAUCUGGCUUAAAGCAGUUGUAACAACUAUGCCCCACCAAAGGUCUUAAAAGCUGUUUUUAGAGCCUUUUGCACUGUGUUCUCCUGUUGACAAACAUUUUCAUGUGGGAGAGUGUUUUUCUUUUCAUGUGACUCCUUGGAAUGGAUUCUGAGGUCAUCAUUCUUAGCACUUUAGUUCCUGUCAAAUUUUGGGUUGUGGUUGUUUUUUUUUUUCCCUAUAUCAAAUGUAAGCUAAAUCUGGUCUACUAUGUUUCUAGGGGUAAGCACAAUGACAAAAAAAUUUAGUGUUAUUCCUCACUUCUGAGACUUUGUCCCAGUGUACAGAAUUCUGUGAUUCUGACACUAAUUCUCUGAGAAGGGUUGGUGCUAUCAGCCUUGCCCACUGUGACUUCUCCACACCAAAGGAGGAACUCUAGAUUGAUGCCCACAGCACUGUGAUCAGAGCUUCCAGACUUUGCCUUGAGAAACGAAGAGGGCAAGUGUCUUCACCCAAAGCCCCCAGGGCUCCCUUUCUUCCCAAUGUUAGGAGGUAGGGAUGUCGAUAGCCCUCUCACUGCAGCCCCUAGCACUUGGUCAGUCACCCUCAGCCUUAACACUUUGUUCACUGUCCUGUGUCAGAGCACUGAGCUCCACCCUUUUCUGAGAAAGUAUGUCGGCUGAAGGUGGUUCAUUUGUUUUUUAAUUGUAUAUCUUUUUGUAUGAUAAAAACUAUAUUUUGUACUUAACCAGAUAUAUUUUCACCCCAAGUGGGGGGUAUUCUUUGUAAAAAAAUAAAAAUAAAAGUUUUUUCAUGAAAAAAA